UACAGGCUCCGCCCCAUGAACUUUGGAAAGCUUUAUGUUUUUUUUUUUCAUCCUCCAGUCAGAGCUCCCUCCUUCUCAUCUCAGCCACAGACAGAACAUCACAGAGAUAUGUUUCAUGCCUGGAUCUUAUUGUUUCUCCCCCUGUUCGGGGCGAGGGCGUUUAUGAUCUAUAACAGCAAGCACAGCCUGUGUCUGGAGGACUCAGCAGCUACAGGUGAAGUCCUUCUGAAGAACUGCAACGUGGACUCAGAGUUUCAGAAGUGGAUGUGGAUUGAUCAGAACAUGCUGAUGUGUGUUGCAUCGUCCAGAUGUUUGUCAGACCUUCAGAGAGAACCUGUCCUCACACGGCCUUGCGGGGAGCCAGAGGCAGAUGUGACAGGGUUGAUGUGGGACUGUGACAGGGGUAAACUGAUCAGCAAGAACACCUCAAUGCUGCUGUCGAUGGAUGGCCGGCGCCUGAUUCUCACAAAUGGCAACAAACACUCAAAGUGGAGGUCUCUGGAUGAGGGGGACAUCUGCCAGGAGAAACUCAGAUCCAGGAGGGCAUCUGAUGAUCCAGUCGAGUCUGAUCCUGCAGAGGAGCAGAAAAAGAAGCUGGCAGCCAUGACAGAGGAAGAGAAAGAAUACCUCCGCUGGUUCUAUCGCACAGAAGACCCAACCAUAUGGAAGUAUGUGAUGCUGGGACUGGCUUUCGUCUGCCUUCUUGUUGGUUUUAUGCUGCUGGGAAUGGGAGCCAUGGCCAACAAGAACAGAAAGAAGAUUGCAAAGUACAAGGCAGCAGCUGCAGCGGCUCUGAGAAAUGAGGAGCUGCGGAUCAUUUCACCGCUCAGAGAUGACAGCAGCAGCAAACCAUCACCGUCACCCGACAGGCUGACGCAGGGACACAAGCCCCCCUCACCCAACGGGGAGGUGAAAGAACUCAAAGCAGGGGACAUCGUGGUCACAUGGAGAGAUGGCAACACCUCCUGCCUGUACCCAGAUGCUGCAGCAGAGGAGGUAAAACAGGAGGAGGAUCAGGAGGAGAAACAGGAGGAGACACACGAGAAGAAACUGGACGAGGAGUUAGUCGCUGAGCUGAAGGCCUUUGGCAUGGCUGUCGAUCAGAACGAGCUUGACAGUGUAUAACCUUGCUCACUGACAUGUCUGUACAUGAAUCAUGGUCACCUGCACUCACAGAGCUGAUAUCUAUGUUGGUGCAAUACAUUUUAAGCAAGUAGAACAAUUAAGCGUUAUUCACAUAAUUGGCCUUCAACAACAAAAAUCAAACUAAGUGACAUGUUGUGUCUGUCUAUCGAUCUCCUCCACUCUGUACUACAGACAGCACUGCACCUACACACGGCAAACACCCGAUCUGUAGUUCCCAAACUACCACAAAGCGACAGUCGCCUGAUCUCAGCCGACAAUUUUGUUGUUUUUGCUU